AUGUCUCAGUCUCUCAGGGCCUCGUCCUCCCUCUUUGCCCGUGUCGCCCGGCAGCAGGCCCCCUCUGUCGCUCGCCGCACCUUCCUGACCUCCGCUGUCCGUCGCGCCGACCCUGUCCAGGAUCUCUACCUCCGCGAGCUCCGCGCCUACAAGCCUACUCCCAUCAAGCCCGGCGAUGCUGAUGCCCACGUCCAGAAGUUCAGCGCUCCCGCUGCCCCCAAGUCUCCCGAAGAGGCCAACCUCGCCAACGAGCUGAGCUCCUACGAGUCCCAGGAGGUCGAUGUCGAGGGUCAGGCCGCUACUGGCGAGUCCGCUCCCGCUGAGGAGAGCUGGUUUGAGGAGGAUGAGGACGACUCUCAUGCCGCUCACUAA